AUGACACUCGUUCUACUAACCUUUAGCGUAACGGACAACUCCAUCGACAAUGAGAGCCAAGGCAGCGGCGCAACAGAUGACGGUUCCGACGUAGGAGUCGUUGGCUGGGACGACACUGAGUCAGAAGAAGAAGAGACGCAGCCAACGUUCCGGGAAACUGGUUCCCGUCAAUUGUCACCCGAGGGAUGGGAGUCGCAGCGCUCGCCCACUCCUGAGAUCAUCGGUCGUGGCAGCCGGUUAUACGACGACGAUGAUCUCGGUUUGAAUGCCACUCGCGCUCAACGACCCGCAUGGCCCGCCGUCGAGCUCGAGGACAGCGAAGAAGUUGUCCCGCCUCCGCCAAGCUCUGGUGGACCGCCGGAUGGGUCCUCCAACAGGUUACCGGGGAACCAGUUCUUCAUCUUCGUGGAGGUACUGCGUCUGUUGGCGCCUCCGAUAGAUCUCAUGCCGUGCGGUCCAUUUUGGGCUCCAGGCGGCGUUGGUCACGAUGCCAUCGUUAACCUGACGAACGUUGGACGUGUGUGUUCGCUGUGGCAUGAUACGUCGAGAUCUUUGGGCUCAAUCUGGGGCGCCUUCGUCCCUGCUGCCCGAGACGAACAAGUGUUCCGCUUGGCUCUGGAACGAGCGGGAGAUGCGCCUGUACGAUUAGCGUAUCGCGUCUCCAUCCCCAAGGCCACCGUGGAUGCCGAGAUUCACCGGGCCAGCGCUAUAUACGCUGGGGUUGAUUGCCCGUGGCGUAAUUUUGCCAGGAUACUCCAACGCCGUCUGCCCAACCUACGAGUGCUCAUCAUUCUCCCGGAUACAACGGAUAUGCCGCUCUCGGUGCUGCGUUCAUACGCCGAACAUCUGGAUGCCCCCCUACUCAUCAUCUGCGAGACGUCGUCACCGCUUCUCUUCAUUGCACCCAGACUGCAACGCCUGCGCCUCAAGUUCUACACUCUAGCGCAGCUCAGGAGAACCUUGUCAUCGCUCGCAUCAGUAUCCCUCCAGCGCCUGGUGAUAGAGGACAUACACGAAGUUGAAAGGGUCGAUUUCACGGCACUGCUAACUGAGGUCAAGACGGACCGCAUCGACUUUCUUCGUAUCAACGCCGCCGAAACCCUCGCGUCAGGCCUUGUCAUCGAGGGUCCGCGCAUUUCGUGCCCAGAGAUCAAAACGAUUGAUCUAUCGGGUCCGGCGUGGUUGAGCGCUCCGCAUGCAGAAGACGCCAAACUCUUCAACGUGGACGUGGACGAGCUUCUAUGCGUAUUGGCCGGCAUACCGCUUAUCGAGACUCUGCACACUCGCGGGCGUGCCGAGUGGGACACGGAGCCUCGCGUCAAGGUACACGCAGCCCAUCAUGUACAGCUGCCCGUGCAGUUGAAUCGCGCCCAUACCAUAGUUCUCUCCGGCGUGAUGUGCGAGGAGACGGUUACCCUGUUGCAAGGGAUACGCGCACCGCUUUUGACAUACCUGGAGAUGUUCUGUGAUAUGCCGGCGCCGCCAAUUCACGAUCUGGUGUCUACAUCGCGAGAACGCGUAGCCACUGCGUUGGUUGCCGCCCAAUCCCACCCUGCACCGAACGUCACGCAGCUGAUGCACUCAUUGGCGGAGAUCGACAUCGUCUUGCGGAACGGAGGUCAUCGCGCUAUUUGCCAGAGUUUGCGGGCCAUACCAGGAUUCCCGUCGAGCUUGGGACCUCGUGUGCAGGCGGUCGAGCCCGACUGGCAGACGGCAUCAGGAAUGGCGGAAUCGCUCAUGCAGGUCCUCGACGAAGCGGUGGCGGACGGCCCCAUAGCCCAUAAUGGGUUCCUGUUGCGGGCUGUUGUCGACGCUGCGCGAGAGGCGAUUCGCGCUGAUGAGCCCGAGAUGCCGCCGCCGGCUGCUACAGAACUGCGAAUCAGGGUGUCUAGAAAGGGAGUGAACUUCGUCGCCACCGUGGGCGCACGGUCGUGUGCGCUUAAGUUCGCGAUGGCAGCCUCGCGCAGCAAUGAAUGGUCGUAUUCUCAUCAUCUCGCUGGCUGGUCUCUGAGCGCGUCGACGACGUUCGGGGUCGCCUGUAUGCUCUUCGGUCUCGAGCUGCUCAAGCCUCGGGUGCUGAGUUUUCAGGACGACCCCUUGCACCACGAUGUGGAUACCGUGGGCACCAACGACGGCGAUACUCUUCGAGAAGUGCUCCGCCGAUACGACGAGACCAUGGAAUUGCGGGUUGAUCCGACGUACAGGGGCUGGACGCACAAGCAACGUUUCCUGCUAUUGGACGUCCUUUCCGAUCCAACGACGUUGCCACGCCUCAAGAGUAUGACAGCCGUCUGCGCCAUACAGCAGGGGGAUGAUCAGUAUGCAAUGGCGCGUUACCUCGGACAAGAAGAUAAUGGGCAUGAAGACGUGCUGGACGCCGUAUUGGAUAUGCUCUCAGCACGGACGAGGGGAGGCGCGCGACUAGAGAGAAUCACGCUCGAGGGCAGUUUCUGUUUGCGUGAGGCCUACAGGCGUCGUCUGGAGGAGCUGGUUCCCCAGGUCUUACCCUCCGUCAUGUGUUGUCAUCCCGCAGGGGCUUUGGCGUGCGAUAUGUGUCGUGGGAUGAUGUGA